AUGAUCAACAAGUUCUUCCUCCGCGGCCUCGGGUUCUUCAACGACGCGUACGACUUGUCCGUGAUCAACAUUAUCAACGUGAUCCUGGAGCACCAGUACACGACCAAGGUGUACGACGCCCGCAUGAAGUCGAACGUGUCGGCGGCGGCGUUGAUCGGGGCGGUGCUGGGCCAGCUGGCGUUUGGGUUCUUGGGGGACGUGUACGGCCGCAAGAAGUGCAUGAUUGCAACGUGUGCGUUGCUGAUCGUGGGUGGCAUCAUGUGUGCGGCGGCGUACGGCGGGUCGGCGGUGAACACGCUGUGGUUCUUGGUGAUUGCGCGCGGUCUGCUGGGGUUCGGCAUCGGCGGCGAGUACCCUUUGGCAGCCGCGUCGUCGUCGGAAGAUGCGACGUCUCCCCAGGACCGCAACCGGCGCGUGGCGCUGACGUUUUCGUUGCAGGGGGUGGGUUUCGCGGCGGCGUCCCUCAUGGGGCUGCUCAUGGUGAACGUCCUGCAGGACAACGCGCACGACCUGGAAGUGAUGUGGCGCAUCUUGUUUGGUUUCGGCGUGUUGCCCGCCCUGUUCCUCGUGUACUUUCGCAUCACGGCGGAAGAAACGGAGGGGUACAAGAACAUGCUGGCUGGCGACGUGCACGUGGCCAAGGUGCGGUGGUCGUUCAUCCUGCGUCACUACGGCAAGAGUUUGUUGGGGACGGCCGGCACGUGGUUCUUGUUUGACAUUGUGUUUUACGCGCAAAACCUGUUCAGCGCCAGCAUCCUGUCGGUGGUUGGCGCCAAGAGCGACCUCAAGACGAUCGCGCUGCAAAACUUGCUGAUCGCGCUGGUGGCGCUGCCGGGGGGCUGGUCGUCAUGA